CAGAAAGGCGAGAAAAAAAGAAGAAACUACGAUGCUAAUAGUUUGAUAGCUUUGUGUGUUGACAGUUUCGCUUCCAGAUAGAUGGAGGAGAAAACGCCUGAGUGUUAUUAAGGAAGGGUUUCCAGAGACUGGGAGCACUUCCUGCAAUCCACUCCCCGAUCAUCAUCAUCAUCCUCAGGGUGGAUUUGAAGAUGUAGCCAAGAGUGACGUGGGUCAUCUUUGCAGUACCUCACCAUACCUGCUAAGGCAUAAUCGGGGACUACUCUCCUCCACCCUCCGCCACCUUAACUCUGGAGCACUUUGGCCCCUAGCCAGGGCUGCCUUGUGCGCGAUUCUGCUGUCCUCAGUCCAUCCGUCCCUGUUUGAAGGCCCUUCUGUCCUCAGCUAUGCUGUUCUCCCUGAGGGAACUGGUCCAGUGGCUGGGCUUUGCUACCUUUGAACUCUUCCUCCACCUGCUGGCAUUUCUGGUCUUCAGCAUGAUGGUUGCUCUGCGAGCCGACAUGUUCACCCCGACACUGAGCUGGUGGCUGGUGUUCGUCCCGCUGUUUGCCGCCGACGGCCUCAGCACCUACUUCACGGCCAUUGUGUCCAUCCGUCUUUACCAGGAGAAUGAGAAACGCCUCGCAGUGCUGCGGCUCCUCUGGGUGCUGACAGUGCUCAGUUUGAAGCUGGUGUGCGAGGUGCUGCUGUGCCAGAAGCUGGCGGAGCAGGAGCAAGCCAGAGACCUGUGGUUUGGCCUCAUUGUCUCACCGCUGUUCAUCCUGCUGCAGCUGCUGAUGAUACGAGCAUGCCGCGUCAACUGAGGAGAGGCAGUUAGUGGUUGUUCACAUGACCGACAACACAGAAGAAAAGAGCAAUCGUCAUCCGCCGUUAGAGAUUUAAAGCAUAACUGUGGUGUCAUUUAUCUUUUGGCUCAUUACUACUUCUUUAAUUAUUUUUUUUAAACAGAAAAAAACAAACAAGCAACAGUUUUUAAUUCAUGUUUCAGAAUUGAGUUUGUAUACAUUUGCGUUUCUAGUAGCUAUGAAAUGAACACACAUUUUCACUGCUCGCUUAAGUUUCAUGCAGUACUUCUCUUCCCAAGAAGAAUGGAGGCUAUUGUAUAGCAGCACCAUGAUUUUGUAAUGAGAAUAAUAGGGGGACCACAAACCUUUUGACAUUUCGCAUAAACAUUUGUAAUGGAGCCCAUUGCGAUGCUAAACCUAUAGUGGAUUUUGAAGACUGAAUGGGAGUUAAUCGCAACUAGACAAUGAAUAUAAAUACAAAUAAUUGUUCUUCUGAGCCCCUUUACAUCAGGGUGGAUUACUGCUGUUCGUUUUUGAUACUUUUAGCAAUACAAAGAGUCAGCAGUAAAUGUGUAUUCGGGACAUGGUGUGCCUUUUACAUUGUGCAAUCAAUGUUAGACAAUGAGCCAUGAGGAAAAAUGUACACCAGAGUUAUGUUUUAAUGCACGUGUACACAAGACACAUGUAAAUAUAAUGAACAGGUGAAAACCUAAAGGCUGUAAUGCCCCAGCCACCUUUUUGGGCGACUGUCAUGGAUGGGUAGCAGAGUUCAAGAGUUGCUGCAGCUUUGAUGCUCCCCCCAACAGGAAGACAUUGCUUGUCUGCACAAUUUGGUAAGGUUUACUAUCAUGUGUCUCACUUUGUUGCCUGUUACAAGAAGUGUCGCACGCACACAAUCUCCCCCUCCCUUGUCCCACUAGUUGCCUAGCUUGUCAAUUCCAUCAAUGAGAACGGUCUGAACCGCAAGAAGCUGGUUCUGAAACUUGUUCGCGACUCAGUCUCACCCCAAUGUAGAAGAACCGUAUGUGAUUUCUGCCCAGCAGUCAGUCGUGUGCACACGUCUUCCCUGUGUAUUGCUGUUUAUUUGUACAAUAUGUAAUGUAUUUGAUCUGAGUUUGAUCUUACCUUGUGUAUGUACUGCAUGUAUUUAAUGCCUCAUUUUAAGGUAAUUCCCGAUAUGAAAUUACGUGUAAUUUGUACAUGUUGAUUUUUUUGAAAGAAAUUCACGGAACCUUAUUUAUGUUCAUAUGUUCUUGUUAUGGCAACCCUACUGUCAUCUGUAUAUACGUGUAAUAAACAUUCAACAUUUA